AUGAGUGUUACCACCUCUCCUACUGUUCCGGCCUCAAUAAUCAUCGAAAAAGAACCAGAUAGCAUGACAGACGAUCAUAUUUCUACAUGUAAAUUAAUUAAAGAUCAAUUAUUUGAAGUGGGACCACGUUACACUGAUUUGAAAUAUAUUGGUGAAGGUGCAUAUGGUAUGGUUGUGUCAGGCUAUGAUAGUCAAACAUGUCAACGUGUAGCCAUUAAAAAAUUAUCUCCAUUUGAACAUCAAUGUUUUUGUCAACGAACAUUGCGUGAAAUAAAAAUUUUAGCAAGAUUAAAACACGAAAAUGUUAUUAAUAUUCAAGAUAUCAUACGUUCGAAUGUGUUCGAUCAAAUGAAAGAUAUUUAUUUAGUACAACAACUGAUGGAAUGUGACAUGUAUAAAUUAAUAAAACAUCAAAAACUAAGUUCAGAACAUGUUUGUUAUUUUCUUUAUCAAAUAUUACGUGGUCUAAAAUAUAUUCAUUCAGCCAAUGUACUGCAUCGAGAUCUUAAGCCAUCGAAUUUAUUAUUAAAUACGAAUUGUGAUUUGAAAAUAUGCGACUUUGGUCUAGCACGCAUUGCAGAUCCAUCAUGUGAUCAUAGUGGUGUAUUAACAGAAUAUGUAGCAACACGAUGGUAUCGCGCACCAGAAAUAAUGUUGAAUGCUCGUGGCUAUAAUAAACCAAUUGAUCUAUGGUCUGUUGGAUGUAUUCUGGGUGAAAUGUUGAAUGGAAAACCUCUAUUUCCUGGAAAACAUUAUAUUGAUCAAUUAAAUUUAAUUCUGAAUGUAAUUGGUUCUCCCGAUGAACAUGAUUUAGCUUCGAUUGUAAAUGAAAAAGCUCGAAAUUAUAUAGCUAGUUUAAAAGCUCGUCAUAAACAGCCAUUUUCUCGAAUAUAUCCUGAUGCUGAUAGUAACGCAUUAGAUUUACUUGAUCAUCUAUUAACAUUUAAUCCAAAUAAACGUAUCGAUGUAUCGGAAGCUUUAGCACAUCCAUAUUUAAAACAAUACUACGAUCCUAAUGAUGAACCUACAGCUAUUCAUCCGUUUACUGUUGAAAUGGAAAUGGACGACUUUCCGAUACCAAAAUUGAAACAACUGAUAUGGAAUGAAACACAAUUAAUAAAAGAACAUAUUUUAUUUCAAAAAAUGCCAAUUAAGCCUUAA